AUGCCAGGUUUCCCUACCGGUGCAAAAGCACCCUCAAUAUCCAGCGAUGUGGAAAUGGCCAGUGAUAACGAGCUUCCGGAUGUGGGACCCUCCACUCUUCCAAAUUCCAAGGACGAGAAUGCAGGAGAGUCAAGGACUUCUGCCCCCGGUCGGAAACACAGCUUGCCGCCAGGAAGGAUACCAUUGCACGACCAGGCCGAGGAGGUGGAACGGCUUCGAGCCAUGAAUGCGCAAUUGCAAUUGAAUCAGCAUCGAGAGAGGUUGGCGAAGCAAUUAGAGGAGAGGGAAGAACUUCAAGGAAACCUGACACUUACCGGUACUGGUGGUAAGGCUCGAGUAUCCCCCAUUCAUGAAGAGGCCAUGUCACCAUCAUUAGAGGCAGCAUUUUCCAGCCCAUUUCCCACUGGUAUGGAAACAGCGUCAACUGAGUCCGCCAAGACUAUACGAGGGGGGGAAACACCAGCUGCAGUACAUGCAAGAACUCCUUCGUAUCCUUUCCCACCAAUGCGGACUCCGAGACAGUUCAGCUACAAUGGCCACCGACCUUUCACUGCCCUGUCACCAACUGUAAACCCAUCAAAUUUUGCUGGCGGCUCGUUUUAUGAUGGACCGCACGACCACGUCCUAUCAGGACCAAUCACCCCAGCUUCAGGCCUUAACUUCCAGCCAGCAGGUUCACAGAUGUCGGGGGAUAGUUCAAGAUUUGAAACACCUAACCUAUAUGAUCUUAGUCUCAUGCUUUCGGCCGAACCUGGUCUUGAUCCAUGGUGGACCACAGUAGUAAAAAUUAUGAGAGAUGUUUACAAGGCUGACAGAGUAACUCUAUCAGUACCUGCAGAUUCUACUGACAUCGAAAAUGUUCCAUGGGGACAGAAGGCAACAUUCAAUGUAGCAGAGGAGGAUGAAUUAAGUCUGACCUACUUGCCACGAGGCAGUAGUCUUAUACCCAGCAGUAGCGGUGAUACCCUCGAGACUUCAGCAUCCGAAGGAUAUGCAUCUGGCGACUCACCACCAGCGGCCAUCACGUCCAGACCUGGCGUGGUCAGUCGACAUUCUUUCACUAGCUAUGAAGCAACGAAGAGAGAUCCAACAUCUUCAUCUGAAAGCGUUAGGACUACUACGGCGAGACCCUCGCCUCUCACCCGUGCAAAAAGCUAUGUUUCUGGUAGACCUGAUCAACCACCACGGACGGGUACACUCCAGAAUGCACAAUUAAGUCUGCAAGCAUUGGAAAAUCAUAUGGCAUUGGAGGCCGAGAAGCCUACUGCUAGCUGGGAAAACGUUGAGCAAUCGAGCAGAGAUGUGCAAGGACGUGUCUUUUCAGUAUUGCAAGCCUUGGAUUAUGAAGCUGAUCCAUUGAUUGAUAGUAGUGGUGUGCUAAGAGUCUUGGAGAGAGAGAGAGUCAUUGCUCUGACACGAGAUUAUCCGUACUUGAACAACCCGGCAGAGGUAGAAAAAGUCAGUGAGAGCAUGGCCUCAAAAGUAGAAUCACCUGAGCGAUUGAAAAAGAACAGAGCACCGGAAUUUAGUGGACAAGUUUCGUCUCUUUUUGGCACCAAACCUAAUAAACGUCGAAGCUUUCGCCAUCAAUCUGGUGAAAGGGGGAAAAGUAUACAUGCACAAGAUCCAACAGAACCUCCAUUGCCACUUCCGAGGUAUGAAGAAUACGAACAGACUCCACCAUCGCCAUGGUCACAAUCACCGGCUCCUUCUCCCGCCGUGAGGGUGGAGACGACGGAUAAUCCUUUCUUUGCGAAUUCGACAGUAGAUGAAGAGACUUUCAACCCAAAUCACACACCUCAAGAUUAUUCCAAGAUGCAACAAGUUGAGGCAAUUGGAGUCGACAGAUCUUGGACUGUUUUACAUAUUCCCUUGACGCAUCCUUUACUUUCAAAACCCGUACAAUCAUUUCGCUUAGAUGCUGCCGCGAUGGAAUCAAAGUCUGCAGGCCGCGGUAAAAAUAUUGAUCAGUUACCAAAAUACCCCGAUUCGUCCAGGGCGCAAGGAGCAGAACCAUACAAGGAAAAGCGAACUCCAAUUGCAAUUCUCUCGAUUCUCAGCCCUGUUAUUCCUUAUCCAUCUAAUCUCAGACACUCUUUAGAGCAUCUCUCGCCACAUAUGGCCACUUCAUUUUCGCUUUGUCGACAUUAUUCCAACCUCGAGACGGAAGUCGCAGGUUUGUCUCGAAAACGUCCUCAUACGACUGGAUUUGGUGCCAUUGCUUCAGGAGGUCGACAUGCUCACGAUCAGCCUUCCGCGGUAAGCGGUAACCUGUCUUACUCUCCAGGCGAGGAAGGAAUGCGCCAGCAAUCUGGAGGAAGCAUUACCAGCCCUAGUGAUUAUUCUGGAGUAUCGCGAAGUGCCAAUGCGUCCCCAAGCGGCACUCCGUCAUGGGAUCCGAGCAGUGUAGGCCUCACGUUGGAUAGGAAGUCCAGCGGUGAAAGUCCUGGAUAUGUAGGAACUGAGAGUUAUUUCAGCUCAAGGAGGCCUAAUGUAUCUCGAAUGGAUACAGGGGGGAGUGGUGUAGCAGGUGUUCGACGUACAUCGAAAGACAGUUCGCCUGCUGAGACCCGGUCAAUACCUCGAAGUCAAUCAGAUGAUCGACCUUCACUAACUCCAUCCUUCGACGGUGGCGAGAAUUUGAAUAAGAGUAAGGGUGACGCAGAAGUUUCGCACACCUCGACUAACUCAUCGGGGCAAGAAAAUCGUAAUAAUAAAACAUCGAAAGAGUCAUCGAAUGAGAGUGCAGAACUCCGUGAACACAGCCCUUCACAUCAAAAUGCCCACGAUUCACCGAGACGGCAAGCGAUCAGAGGUGCUUCUUAUGGUGCUGGUAAGCCUGAUCGUCAACACACGCAACUACACUCCUAUGGUGCAGAUUUUGGUGCGACUUUCCAGUCCUUACCGAUAACAUCGGCUUCAUCGAUAAAAGCUCCUUCUAUUCCUAAACCUUCGCGUCAAGGGUCAUUGCCUGCUAGUGUACCUACUGAUAUGCCCCCGCCUUCCGAUCGUUUAAAAGGCUUGAUGCUGGAUUCUCUACCUGCGCAUGUCUUUGUCGCGCUACCACAGACGGGGGAAAUAGUAUGGGUAAAUAGCCGAUAUCUUACGUAUCGUGGUCAAACCGUCUCCGAGUUGUACCAGGACCCAUGGGGUAGCAUUCAUCCUGAAGAGAGAGAGGAAUACCUCAAAGCCUGGUCUCAUGCGGUGAAAACGGGUGAGCAGUUCUCUAUGCAGGUGCGUAUCAGACGUUUUGACGGAAGUUAUCGUUGGUUCUACACCCGUGCUGUUGGCUCUCGGGAUAUAAGAGGUGUGAUUGUUCAAUGGUACGGCUCUCAUAUGGACAUCCAUGAUCAACAUAUUGCAGAAGUGAAAGCUGCACGACAAGAGGAAAUAGAAGCAUCAGAAGCCAAGCAUCGCCAACUGGCAAAUUUGAUUCCUCAGAUUAUUUUUGCGGCAACAGAAGAUGAGGGCGUGACCUUUGCAAACGAGCAAUGGCUUUCGUAUACCGGGCAAGAUUUCAACGAUGCCUUGGGACUCGGUUUUAUGGAUUAUGUGCAUCCGGAUGAUCUUGCAAAAUGCCAAAUCCCCGUCGGUAGACCGCCUACCCCUUUGACUCGGUCUAAAAAACCCGGCGAACCGACGAGAAACCCAUCGCAGGCAUCUUCGAGUGGGAUAUCAGGGCAGUCAUCCGACCCCUCCGAAGCGCCAACGGAAAAGACAGUGAAAGGAAUCCAUCAAACCUUAUCAAGAAACAAUAGCUCAAGCAGUAGUUCCGUAUAUGAAUUUGCCACGGCAGAUUUGUCCGAGUUGGCGAGAACUGGGGUUAUCAAGAUCGCUACAGAUAGCAAUGGAAGACUUUCUUACACAACCGAAGUCCGAUUGAGAUCGAAGACUGGAGAGUAUCGUUGGCAUCUUGUACGGUGCGUCGAAGUUGACAACAUUAACCUUGGAAGUGGAGACGGCUCCUGGUUUGGUGCCUGUACUGACAUCAACGAUCAUAAAUUGCUGGAAACAAAGCUUAAAGAAGCCAUGGAAUCUAAGGGCAAGUUCUUAAGUAACAUGUCUCACGAAAUCAGAACACCUUUGAUCGGCAUUUCUGGAAUGGUAAGCUUUCUACAGGACACUACCCUCAAUGAUGAACAGCUCGAUUACACAAACACGAUUCAAUCUAGUGCCAGCAGUUUACUCAAUAUCAUCAACGAUAUAUUGGAUCUUUCCAAGGUAGAUGCAGGCAUGAUGAAAUUGUCAUAUGAGUGGUUCCAUACGCGAUCUCUCGUCGAAGAAGUCAAUGAAAUGGUGUCUACUAUGGCCAUCACCAAGCGACUUGAACUUAACUAUAUUGUCGAUGUUGAUGUUCCUGAAAUGGUUAAGGGAGAUAAAUUCCGCAUUCGUCAGGUUUUACUCAAUGUCAUAGGCAACGCAAUUAAAUUCACGACGGUUGGAGAAGUUUUUACUAGAUGCAGGGUAUACGUAGACGACGAAUCACCGCCACUAGUCAAUGAAAUAAUGCUGGAGUAUUCUAUUGUGGAUACUGGACGAGGAUUCACCAAAGAAGAGGCUGAUCUCAUUUUCAAGCCUUUCAGUCAAAUAGAUGGGAGCAGUACGAGACAGCAUGGUGGAAGUGGCUUAGGAUUGGUUAUUUCCAGACAACUGGUUCAACUCCAUGAUGGCAAGAUGCAAGGGACUGCCGUCCCCGGUAAAGGAUCCACCUUCACAUUUACUGCCAAGUUCGGACUGCCGACAGCAGACGAUCACCCAGAACCACUUUCAACACCUCAGUUGAGCAAAGUUCCGUCAUUAGCAUCCUCAGUAUCCAACAGUUUAUCCUCACAAGUCGCUGCUAAACAAGCUCUCAGUAACCCACUCUUGGCUACAAGGCUGUUACACUCGCCUGCAGUCCUCAUGGAGAGUCCAAAGACGGAAUCAUCUGCAGGCUCGCCAGCCGUAGCCUCUUCCGGAAGCUCAGAGCCAUCUCUCUAUUCUGGUCGAAGUCGCCUCACCGAUCGAUCUUCUGGGUCUUCUGUUGCUCAGAGCCUGGCUCAUUUUGGUGAGGCAGCUCGAGCAAGUACUCCAGAAAGAAUGAAGCUUGAACUUCCGGAUAAGCAUUCUUCGUCACCCUCGCCACCUUCUGAGCGUACUCAUCCACUCACUUCUACAAAUAUCUCCUCGACUCCGUCAGACUUACAUAGUACCCGUGCAAAUAGUGAUUGCUCACACGACCUUAAGCAUUUCCGGCCUCCGAUGUACUCAAUCCUACUUAUUUGUCCUCAAGUCCACAGUCGCGAAGCUACGAGACAACAUAUCGAGAUCACACUACCGAAGGACGUUCCGCAUCAAAUAACUCCACUUUCAAGUGUUGACGAAGCUCGAAGACUUAUCAGUGGAGAUGAUUCUGUCAAUUUUACCCAUAUAGUUUUGAACCUUGGCUCAGCUGAGGAGAUUGUACAAUUGAUUGAUCAACUAAUUGCAUCCGUGAUGUUACCUCAAACUUCAAUUGUUGUUUUAUCCGAUCCUGUACAACGACAAGAAGUUAUUAAGAUGGCUCAAUCAUACGACUAUGACCAAAUGGCUAAGGAUAAUCGUCUUACGUUCAUUUACAAGCCUGUUAAGCCUUCGAGAUUUGCAGUAAUUUUUGAUCCGGAUAAAGAGAGAGAUUUAAGUACUGAUAGGAAUCGUUCAAGCGCCCAGCAACAAGUUGCAAGUCAAAAACAACACUAUCUUGAUGUUGGACAGCGUCUUGGGAAUAAAGGUCUUAAAAUUCUUUUGGUAGAGGAUAAUUUGGUUAAUCAAAAAGUUCUCUUGAAGUUCUUAAGCAAAGUUGGUAUUGCGGUUGAAUUAGCAAUGGAUGGAGUUGAAUGUACAGAAAGAGUAUUCAGCAAACCUCAUGGAUUUUAUUCUUUGAUCUUGUGCGAUCUCCACAUGCCUCGAAAAGAUGGCUACCAAACUUGUCGCGAAAUCCGCGAAUGGGAAACCCAAAAUUCAUAUUCUAAAAUGCCAAUUAUAGCCCUCUCGGCAAAUGUCAUGGCGGAUGUCUUGGAAAAAUGCGUUCAAGCGGGCUUUAAUAGUUAUGUGACUAAACCGGUUGAUUUUAAGGAGUUGAGUAAGGCGAUGAGUUCAUUGCUUGAUCCGGAUAUGGUGGCUGAUCCGGAGGUUUUAAUGAAGAUGAAGUUGAAAAUGAAGGCGGAGGGUUAG